AUGGCAUCCCUCAAGCGAUUAAUCAUAGACGCCCUCAAAUCGCUCUCCCGAGGCAGGUCCUUCCUACAGACUUUGCUCGCCUUUUGGAUCAGCCCAAAGUCCGACCCAACCAAAGUCAAACAGACCAGGAAAUUCCAACGGGCUAGGGACGAGUUCCUCAAAGAGGCCAAGGAACUACUUCUCGGACCAAUCGACAGCAACCGCUUCCUGCGACACGACCAUUCUUUGAUCAUACCAAACAACAGCGAUACAAAUCCGAACCUAGACGACCCUCUUUUGUUGCUUUCCCGAAAGCUCAAGGCACAAUUCCUAGAAGGGUUACAGACCAAGCCAACAUGUAUGCUUCCCUCCUACAAUCACCAACUGCCUGGCGGACAUGAGCGGGGUCGGUAUCUGGCUGUUGACAUUGGCGGUUCGACACUUCGCGUUGGUUUGGUGGAUCUUAAAGGCCGAGAAAUUACGAAUGAUGGCGACAACACCAUUGUCCAUCUGGACAAUCACACGAUAGACAAAGGCGCCCGAUCACUAAGAGGAACAGAUUUCUUCAAGUGGAUGGCACAAAAAAUAGAGACAAGUGUUAAAAGGACCAUUGAUGCCGGGCACAUUUCGAGAGAGGAAUAUGAGUCGGGAGACCCAUUGCCUCUGGGAAUGGCGUGGAGCUUUCCUCUAGAGCAAACAUCUCCCAACGGAGGAAAUAUCUGCCCCAUGGGCAAGAGUUUUCUUGCAUGCGACGGACUGAUCGGACAGGACCUAGGCGCCACAUGCAACAUGGUUUUCCGAGAACUCGAAGUGAACGUUGAGGUAGUCUCCAUCGUCAACGAUUCCAACGCCACUCUGCUUUCGUCAGCAUACUUCAACCCCUCAACCCGCUUCGGGCUGAUUCUUGGAACGGGUGUAAACAUUGCCGCCCACCUUCCAAUAAACCUGAUCGGAAAGCCCAAGUUCGGAGACAGACCCGACAGCUGGUACGAGCAAGCGAGUCACGUUAUGGUCAACACGGAGCUGGGCAUGUUCGGCCAUGGUAUCUUGCCCCUGACGAGGUGGGAUAAGAUACUCAAAGCUGGUCACGAAAGACCGGACUUUCAGCCGCUUGAGCAUCCGGUCAGUGGAUACUACCUCGGUGAAGUCUUCCGUAUUGCAUUGCUAGAAGCGAUCAAGACAACGGGUGUACUAGGAGGAGAAAUACCACCACUACUGUUGGAAGCUUACUUUAUGGAUACGGAGACAAUGUCGUUGAUGGUAGAUGGACUGGACUCCGGAGGCAAAGCAAAAGAAGUGUUCUCGCAGCUCUACCACCUGCCAUCAGGGCUUCCUAGCACCGAGGACAUGCAAGUCAUACAGCAACUAGCAGGUUACAUAGCUCAGCGAUCGGCUUCCAUUGUCGCAGCCUCGUUGUUCGUGUUGUGGGAGCUGAAGAAUGAGGCCGAACAAAUUCUUUUAGAUGAACUUGAGCCAGAGUCACCAUUUAGCGAAGAGACAGCAGUAGAACUACAGAUAGAGCGGACCACGGUAGGAUAUACGGGGUCGGUUUUGUCGCACUUUCCUGGAUACAAGGAGACGCUACAGUCUUACUUGAAUCAAUUGAUAGUCUCGUCGGGGAACGAUCUGAAAGAGAGGAGGAUAGAGUUGGUUCAGGCGAAGGAAAGUUCGUUGCUUGGGGCGGCGGUAUCGUUGGCGGGUAUGGUUGAGGAAGAAGGGAGGAUGAAGGUAGAUGAGAAAGGGUCGACGUAG